ACAUUGAUGACGUAUACAGGAAAUGCACACAGCCUUAAAAAAACCGCCUCAUUGAAUGGAUGUUUAAAAAUUUUACCGACUAAAAAGCACAUUUUAACCAUUCGGGAGUUAUGCAAACGUGGUGUCUUGUUUCAAUAUGUAUUUUGCUCGGCGUCGUGGUGAGAUGGGGAGUGUCCUUAAAUUCGUAUUCCGGUGCAGGAAAACCACCCUUAUUUGGCGACUAUGAAGCUCAGAGACACUGGCAAGAAAUAACUUACAACCUUCCUGUGCAAGAAUGGUACUGUAACACCACCGACAAUGAGUUGAACUAUUGGGGUCUUGACUACCCUCCUCUAACUGCCUAUCACAGUCUGAUCUGUGCUCAUGUUGCCAAGAUAAUACAUCCUGAAUGGGUGCAGCUUCACAAAUCCAGAGGUUAUGAAAGUACAUCACACAAGUUGUUCAUGAGAACCACAGUGCUGGUUGCAGAUUUACUUAUAUACAUCCCUGCGGUGGUAUUAUAUUGUUUAUGGUUAAACGAUGGCUCCAUUAAGAAAAAGGUUUGUACUCUGCUCUGCUUUCUGAUGUAUCCAGGACUACUUCUAAUUGACUAUGGACAUUUCCAGUACAAUGCAGUAAGCCUUGGCUUUGCCCUGUGGGCUGUUCUGGCUCUUGGACUGGGCUGGGAUGCACUGGGCUCAAUGGCUUUCACAAUGGCCCUCAACUACAAACAGAUGGAACUCUACCAUGCUCUGCCGUUCUUCUGCUACCUCCUGGGAAAGUGUGUUAAAUUGGGCCUGAGAGGUCGAGGGUUGUUGCUGUUUCUGAAAGUCGCUGCUACAGUGCUGGUGACUUUUGCCCUCUGUUGGCUGCCUUUCUUGUCUGACCCUAGCCAGGCCUUGCAGGUGCUCAGGAGAAUAUUUCCCGUGUCUCGAGGCUUAUUUGAGGAUAAGGUGGCCAACACAUGGUGCAGCUUGAACGUCCUAAUAAAGAUUAGAUCCAUUCUGUCCAGUGACUUUCAACUCUACCUCAGUAUGGCCUGCACUAUUUUAGCAGUCCUACCAUCCUGUAUCCAAGUGUUGAAAAAACCCACCUUCUGGCAAUUUAAAGUGGCUAUGGUCAACUCAUCACUGGCAUUCUUCCUCUUCUCCUUUCACGUCCAUGAGAAAUCCAUUCUCUUGGCUUCCUUGCCUGUCUGUCUGUUCCUGAAUGACCUUCCACUAAUGGCCAUUUGGUUCCUACAGGCUUCAACAUUCAGCAUGCUGCCUUUGUUUCUGAAGGACGGUCUUUUCGUGCCCUACGUUGUGACCUCGCUGGCCUUCCUCUUCCUUGGCACCUACCUGCUGUCGGCACUGGACCACUGCUCAGAAGAAGAGCUUGGGCUGGAAGGUUACCGCAAGCUUUUAUUCUUCCUACCCAACUUGGACCUGGCUUGCAUAGUCAGAUGGAAGUUCUACAUCAGUGUCACGGCCAUGGCGUGUUUGAGCGCCGCCAACGUAACAUUCGACACGCCACCUCAUCUGCCCGACUUGUUUCCUGUCCUGGUGUCCACGUUUGCUUUCGUGCAUUUCUUGGGAAUGUUUAUCUACUUCAACGUCAUCCAGUUCAACACUUUACCGAGCAGAAAGAGACAUAAGAAGAACAAAUAAUUCCUGCAGGGUCGUGGGGGGUGCUGGAGCCUAUCUCAGCUGCAUUCGGGCGGAAGGCGGGGUACACCCUGGACAAGUCGCCACCUCAUCGCAGGGCCAACACAGAUAGACAACAUUCACACACUAGGGCAAAUUUUAGUGUUGCCAAUCAACCUAUCCCCAGGUGCAUGUUUUUUGGGGGUGGUAGGAAGCCUGAGUACCCGGAGGGAACCCACGCAGUCUCGAGAAUAUGCAAACUCCACACAGAACGAUCCCGAGCCCGGGAUUGAACUCAGGACAUUCGUAUUGUGAGGCUCAUGCACUUAAUUUAUAUAAUUUCUAGGCUUACUUUAUGCCAUAUUUAUGUUUUUAAUUUGCAGCCUUUUGUAUUGCCCACACACGUGAAUACAGCCUUAAAUGUUGGGCAACAGCCGAGUUAUGAUAUGAUAUCAUUUAAAUUGUAAUCUACCCACUGUAUAUUGUAAUCUACCAGUUGUUAUUUCCCUUAUUUUUAAAGAGGACUGGGGAAAGAGGGGUCUUCUUGUAUAGGGGUCGUCUUAUAUUUGGGUCAAUGCACUACAUAUAUUGUUUGAACAUCAUGAUACUUACUGCAUGUACUUACAUUAGCACGUCCCACGACUGGCAGAGCUCUUCUGGUCCUAUUAAAACAGUAACCUGUGUCAAACAACAGCCUUAACUU